AUUUUAUUCGCAUUCCGGCCAAAAUGACGCACUCAUACGUCGCCGAAACCCCUGGAGACAUCCGACUGGAUGACGGCAUCAAGGCCUACUUUGAAGAGUUCUACAAGACGUCUGAUACCCCGGAUGCCCAUGAGAAGUAUGCGGAUUCAUUUACGAGCGAUGCUACGUUGGUGAUGGCCAGUAAGAAGGGUGUUGGAAGGGAAGAAAUCCUUCAGAUCAGGAAAGGCAUGUGGGCAGCCGUGGCGGCUAGGUUACAUACGCCGAUCAAGAUAUUUCCUUUCGGAAAUGGUUCGACUCAAGUAAUGCUCUACGGGACCGUGGCCUACACACUGAAGGAUGGAAGGAAAUCAAGCGUCGAGUGGGCGGCUAGAGCAGACAUGGUGAAGGAAGGAGACAAAUGGAAGAUGGGCUACUAUCAGGUUUACUUGGAUACUGCCGCCAUGCAGAACGCGAAGUAAAGACAUAUUCUCCCACUGUAAACUGGUCACCAAAGCCACC